GCGUAUUUCCGACCGCCAUUUUCUUUGACAUCUCGAGAAAGAGUUGUAAGGCUGAUUAAAUCAUGUCUUCUUCAGAACCUGAGCAGCUGCGAAAAAUUUUCGUUGGUGGUCUUAAUCGCCGAACAACAGAAGAAAGUUUGAACGAGUAUUUUUCUGCAUGGGGGAACAUCGUAGACUGUGUUAUAAUGCGCGAAGGCAAGAAUGGGCCUUCGCGUGGAUUCGGAUUUGUCACUUUCGACAACGCUCAAGCUGUUGAUGAUUGUUUGAAAGUGAAAAACCACGAGCUUGAUAACUGGGAAAUUGAACCAAAACGUUCGGUUCCUAAGGGCGAAGCUCAGUCGAGAACACGAAAGAUUUUUGUCGGCGGGUUGGCAAGCACAGCCACAGAGGAAGAUGUGGAAGAGUAUUUCACCGGCUUGUGUACAAAGUUCGGCAAGGGAAAAAUAUUAGAUAUCGACCUCAAAAGAGAUAAAGAAAAUCCCAGUCGACUUCGUGGCUUUGCAUUCGUCACUUUUGACAAUGAAGAAGUAGUUGAGAACAUUUGUUCGAUCAGUUUCCAUCAAAUAAAGCUCAAGCAAUGUGAAGUUAAGAAGGCGGAAUCUCAGGCAACCAUGAGGAAGAAGGAGGAACAAGAAUUGAAAGAGUCACGGCGCUCAAACGGAGCACUGAACACUCCCAGCUCUGAAGGAAAUUUUGGAGGUCCUGUCAGCAGUGGGGGUGGUAAUGGUGGUAGUUUUGGGGGUGGUGGAAUGGCUGGUACUGGUGGCAUGGCUGGUACUGGUGGCAUGGGUGGUUUUGGGGGUGGUGGGUUCAGUAAUCCUGCUGCAGCAGCUGCUGCGUUGAUGAGUGGAUUCAAUCCGGCAGCCUUUGGUGGGUUUGGUCCUGGAGCAAUGGGUAAUUUUGGUCCCGGGUUUGGGUUCAAUGGUAUGGGAUUUGGUGGUUUUGGGCCAGGCUUCUUUGGUGGCUUUGGAGGGUUUGGCCCUGGUGGUUUUGGAGGGGGAGGUGGAGGAGGAGGGGGUGGUGGGACUGGAGGUUUUGGAGGUGGAAGUGGGUAUGGUACUGGGAGUGGUGCAAGUUAUGGAGGAGGGGGAGCCUCUGGAAGAAGUCAUUCCCAUAGUAGUGCUAGUAAUUACGACAAGGAUAAUUACAAUGAAGUUCCUUAUGGUAUGGGAGAUGUCAAGGGCAGCAUGGCUGGUGAGCGUAAUGUCUCCUCAGCUAUGGAGGGCUCUAGUGGUACUGGUGGAAGUUCUGGUGGUGGCUAUGAAGGAAUGAACAACCCAAUGGCUUCUACCUAUGGUGGCUAUCCUGGAUUUGGCUUUGGAGGCUUUCCUUCCAUGGGUGAUUGGAACCAGUUUGCUGCGGCAGCUGCUGCUGCAAGUGGUGGGGUUGGGGGAUCAGGAGGAGGAGCCGGUGAUUAUCAAAUGGGGAGCUACGGCCAGAUGAAUUCCAGCUAUGGUCCUGCCAAUCGUAUCAAUAGUCGUGGUGCAAGUGGAGUCGACAAAAAUAAUAGAGGGUUCAGACCUUACUGAGGUGAGAUAAAUAUGCUUGUUGUAAGUUACUGUAAUUUGUGUUCAGUUUGAAAUGGUUGUAAACUCCAUCCACAGUUGUGCUUCACUUAAGGAAAAUGAAAUAAGAUUUUGCAAUAUUUGCACCUAAGCAUGAAUUUAAAGUUGUCAUCAGAAAAUAUGGUAUUUUUAAUUUUUCAAAAAGAUUUCUUGAACAUGAAGAUCAUUGUCAUCUAAAGAUCAACAUCAUCCAAAUUGUGACAACAUAUUUCUACCCAGGAUGUACACAAUUAAACAUGGCUUCUCCAAAACUGGAGCUCUAACUUGAUUCUGUUCGAAAGCAUUUUAGUACUUACAUACCGCUGCAGAUUGAUGAUGAUUCAUCUGUUACACAGAGUAAAUAAAUGAAGUUAUAAAAACAUUCUUUUACUGAAAAUUUGAAAUGAUUCAUUCCAGGAAUAGAAGAGUACAGUAAGUAUCUGAUGUUCUCUAGUGAUGUUUUAAUAUUUGUAUUUCUAUGUUGUUAUGUAAUUUGGUUGUAAAGUUUUAUCUUGAUUUUAUUAGUCUUUCUUGUCCAAAGGUAUGCCUGAUAAUUUUAAAUGUUUCUGUGUUAAUGUAACAAGGAGAGAUGUUACUUACAAUUCGAUAAGAUUUUUAUUUGAAGAAACCAUGACUGAUGCUACACCAUAUAAUAUUGUUGUUUUAAGGAGUAUUUCCAAUAUUUUGUAUUUAUAAUUUUUAUUUAUUUAUAAUUUGUUUAUUGAAUUAAAAUGCUUUUAUCCAAGCCAUUAGAGGGAAAGGCAUUGUUAUACGCAGGACAGCUCUUACUUUCACUCACUAACAGUGUGUGCUUUUAAUGCAGGUUAAUCGUAGCUGCAGUAAGUAACAGACAGGAAGUACUGAACACAUUUGAAACAGCAGAGUAGACAGGCAUUCACAGCCACUGCAUCUUAUUCAGAAGCUUGGAAGUGUAUAGUGUAUAAUGAAUAGAGAAACUGCUGCUGUAGACUUGAGAUGUAGAAAAUGACGCUUCUAGAAACAGAUGAACUCUUACUCACGAAGGAGGUAAAAUUAUAGUAAGCUGGACUUUGAAGUGAAUCAUAGCUGCAUUACCAAACAGAAGUAAAUACUUGUAUGGUCAAAACAAUUGUUUUUAGCACAGCUUACCACUUGAUAAAAUGUUUGAGAUAUGUUGCUUGUGAAUUGUAACAGUCAAUCAGAUUUACUUCAGCUGUGUGCAUGAGAUUACCUAGACCAGUUAUUAGUCAAUAAAAUAUUUCUCAUAAAUCUCCUAAGUUAGCACAAAGUCAGCUCUUUGUUGUUUAGAAACAAAUGUGUGAUAUUUCCCAUUUUAGAGUAGUUUCCAUCUGCUCAUUGUAUGUAUAUAAGGUAAAAGUGUGGUAGAAUCUUGAAAAAUAACCUACUCAUGUAGCAUAGAGCAAUGGAUUUUACUGUAGUAUCAUUGCAGCGUUCUUCUCUGACGUUUAGACCUCGGUGCUAUAGGGUAGGGUAGUAAAUAUUAGUUGUAAAUGAUUUGGCAGUUAUCUAAGGGUACAACCAGGAGAAUGUAGAUAACAUGCAACUGGUUUGUGUUGACGUUGGUGCCUUAAUAGACUAAAAUACUCCAUUUUAGAAUAGUAAUUAUUAUCAGAAAUAGUUAGCAAACUUGUAUGGAUAACCAUACAGACAUCUUGAAUUAGUUACUUGUAUUAAAUAUAUGAAAAUAGA